AUGACCACCAUCCCGGCGUUGUCCACGGGCUUGAUCCAGAAGCACCAAGCCACCAAGGGGACCAAGACGACCAAGGCAUCAAGCAAAUCCAAGCACCAUGCCCACAGUCUGAAGCAAAAGGUCAAGAUGAGAAAGGCACAUCGUAAGGCCCACGCCGCGGCCCACGCCCAAAAGGCCCUCAGCCAGCACGGCCAGCACGCGAAGCACACGAAGCACACGAAGCACCAACAUGGCCAAUGGAAGGCACCGAGUUUUCUUCAACUCUCAGAGGAUGAGCACGAAGAGCUGUCCAAAGUGGACCUUGACCUGCGAAAGUUGCAGGAGAGUAUCAAGAAGCAGAUCGAUAUGGCAGACCAACAGGCGGAUGCUGCGGACGCAGCCUCGGGAAUGCUGAGCCACCUGGUCCCCGCCACGAGUUUGUUGCAACUGUCG